AAAAAAAAAAAAAAAAAGGCCAAAAUAUAUUCAAAACAAAAAAUCAGUUCACAAUGUCAUUUUUAGUAGUAGAAUAUCAUAACCAUACCAUAUGAAAUCAGGCAGAUCAAAACUUUAUAUCGUCAGUUCGCCUUUUGGCUUGUUCAAGUGAUAAUACGAUUAGUAUAAAGAGGCAGAACUUGUCUCGUCAUUUAUGUCAUUUUCAAUUCAUGUGAGGAAUUUCAAAAACGCAUAAUUUUUUUCUUUGUUUAUUUGUAUUCCCGCUUUCUCUCUUUCUUUUUCCUAAAAAAAAAAUGUCUUUUUCUUUACAAUUAAAGGCAAGCGAUACUACGCCAAGCUACAAAGACAUGAUAAAGCAAUUAGCAGCACAAGCACCAGAGCCUUAUGGAGCUAUUCCCCCACGUAUAAAAAGAAAGAAAAAGAAAAAACCAGCACUAGACCAUGUAGAGAAUUGGAUAGCAGUCGAUAGUAAAGAAAGCUUACCGGAUGAACAAGACUUGGUACAUGAUCUACAAGAGUCAUUGUGACUUUGCAUAUGCCACCACCUUCA